UCUAAGCACUAGUGAUACGUUUUGUUCCCCCUUUUUGUCUUUUUCAGAUACGCAAGUUAAGAUUAAGAGAGCUGAAGAUGGCUUCUGCGGUGCAGUCAUUUUAAUAUAGAAGAAUGUGGCAUUAACAGGCAGGACCUCGCUGGGCUGCUCUGCAUCGCUCUCUGAAUGAACGUAGGACGACAAAGGAAACUUUUAAAACUGUUCCAAAUAAAGCAGAGCCCGGUGCUGCUGCCCUGCUGAAACCGGCUGGGUCGUCACUGCCUUCAUGCGGUUUGAUCAUCGCAGAUUUGUUCAUCUAUCUCAUUCUCUCUCCCUCUCUGGUUCUUUCCCAGUGUCUCAUGCCUACAAUAGCACAGUGGCAAGAUCUGCACAUUGCAGAAUUCCGCUGACUAGCGAGAGAGCCAAAGGGAACGACGGGAUUAAAGUUCACUGGCAUUCUGCGGCAAUCAGGUGCGCUGCGAAAAGUCUGGGGGAAAAAAUGUCUGGUCACAUUCUGCGGACAGAAGAAUGAAGCACCCGGGAACUUUUUUCAGGUCUGGAAGAGUCAUACCCGCUAUUGUGUGCAGUCAUAUGGGGUUCAGGGAGGCUUGGUUGCGAGACAAGACCAAUCAUUUGUCUUGAUUUCCUGGGCUGAGAGCAGGCAAACGGAGGGAGACAAGACGAGCAAACCCCGCUAUCAAGACCUGAUCUAUUUCCCCAAACAAUUUUGUGUAUUCAUGAGGUUACGCAAAUGUGAAGGCAGCAAAAUUACCGUAAUCAAUUGAAACAGUGAGUGCGCAUCCAUGGGUCUGAUUAUUUGGAGAUCAUCUAUCAGCCUGAUGUCUAUGUAAGGAGGAAAGGAGGGCACUGAAUUACUGUUGAGUUUCACUGAGAAGUCCAUGAUCAUUGGGCAAAGGGAGUUUGGUCAGUGAUAAUAGGGCUCCUUGGUCGGGCGAAGGAAGUGCUUUACCAAGCAUUAGGUAGCUGACUCUGCCCUGCUGAAAGGUGCAGUUUUGAAACUAAAACCGACACUGUCCCAACAACCUGGUGUACCGCGCUCUCUGUGAUAUCUUUUUUUCACCUGACAAAGGAAAAAAAGACAAGCAACAGAUCCAAGAGGAUAAACUGAGCAUGGAGGUCAGGUACAACCAAGAGACGGAAGGAAUGGUGCUGAAGAAUGGACUAAAGGAGGGGAAGGACAGCAAGGACUCCCAGGGCAGCUUGUCCAAAAGCUUCCUCAGGGAGCAGCAGGACACCUUUUCCCCCUCUGGGACUGUGGAGAGCUGCGAGAAAAACAGGGGCGGCACGGGCGACCCAGACUACUGUCGGAGAAUACUGGUCCGAGAUGCUAAAGGCUCUAUCCGAGAGAUCAUUCUGCCGAAGGGUUUGGAUUUGGACCGGCCCAAGCGGACCCGCACCUCCUUCACUGCAGAGCAGCUCUAUCGGUUAGAGAUUGAGUUUCAGAGGUGCCAGUAUGUGGUUGGGAGGGAACGGACUGAACUGGCACGCCAGCUCAACCUGUCUGAAACUCAGGUGAAGGUCUGGUUUCAGAACAGACGAACUAAACAGAAGAAGGACCAGGGGAAGGACUCUGAGCUGCGUUCAGUGGUUUCAGAAACAGCAGCGACCUGCAGCGUCCUCAGACUCCUGGAGCAGGGGCGGCUGCUGACGCCUCCGGGCCUGCCGGGCCUCAUACCCCACUGCGGCAGCGGAACUCUAGGCUCUGCCUUGCGCCCUCCCUCCACCAGCUCAGGGACAGCGGCAGGCCUGCAGAGCUCACCAGCGGCUCACGGCCUCUUCAGCUUCCCCAUGCCAUCCUUACUCAGCAGUGUCGCCACCUGCAUCUCCUCCAACCCCCUGACCAUGGCCGGCUCGCUGGCUGGCAACCUGCAGGAACUUUCUGCCCGCUACCUAAGCUCCUCGGCUUUUGAGCCUUACUCGCGGACCAAUGGCAAAGAAUCCAUGGACAAGAAAAUUCUGGAAUGAUGCCUUGAUUUUACAAAGAUGGAUUCUUGUUUCCUCUGGACGUGUUUCGGUUGUUUUCUUAGCUUUCACUGUCUUUGUUUGGUUUUGCUCAGUGUCUCUCAUUUGUCUGUGUCAUGUUCCAUAGCAGUUCAUGUAUUCCGAUUGCACAUCUGGCGCCUUGUAUGAGGAAGACAUAUUCCUGUACAAGCUCAUAUAACAAAGACAGGGCGGCAGCACAAAGAUUUUGCAUAAAAUGUUCCUAUGGGACCUUGUGACACACUUUGUGAGAUUUAAAGACACACUCUGAGGAGACCGCUGAGGGAUCUUUUCUUUUUAACAAAUGUUUAGACCUGUCUAUUAAUCUAAAAUAACAAUAUAGACAGUGGCCCAGAGAAUAUGGCUUCAUAUCACAAAAGCUGUCCCACUGCAGGAGAAGCGGCACAUAGUGUAUAGUAGGAAGUAUAGGAUUGGUGACAGAACGUGUCGAAUGAGAUACCUUUCUGAAUUGUGUUUUAUUAUUUAAUUGUUUUGGGUAGAUGAAUGUCACCACAGUGAGUAGGUAAAGAAAGCGAGUUGUCAAACACCAGCAACGGCGGUAUGUGAGAUCCAAUUAGCAAAUUAGAACAUUUCGUUUUUAAAAUGCAGCAUUUUGAAUGAACACUCAAGGUCAAUUUUUCCACAUAGAAGUGAGAGAGGAAAAAAGUGCUUGUGUCUGAAGGUCACCGCAAGGCCAGUGUCAGCACGAAACCCAGUGCAGUAGAUAUGUGAGUGCAAUUUGCUUAUUCAGAUGCCUCGCAGAAAUUCAGCUUAUAAAAAGAUCUUUUGUAUAUCUGUUUGUAUUACGUUUGGACCAAACCAAAACGUAACCCGGAGAAGGUGUUGUCAUACAAUAUGAUAGUGCAAUUGUUCAGUGUUGUUUUCUCUAUGGUUUUGUGAGGAUUUUAACAUUUUACAAGAAACGUAUUCACUUUGUGGCAUUUAUGUCUUCAAGAUGCAGUACCUGAGUUUCGCCUCUUUUUUUGCCUGUGAGUUUAAUACCACUGUGAGUUCUCGGAAUUUUGCUGUACAGUUUCUAUUCCGUACAGGAGAAAAGUGCAGGAAUGAUUUGCUGAAAGGUUUUUCAUAGUAAGGCGCUUGCUUUGAGCAACACUACAAAGUGACAGGUUUUUCAGUCAUUAAGACAACAUGAUAAUCUUUCUGUGCUGUGUGAAAUUUAAAACUCAAAAGCCUUUAUAAAAUAUUUAUGCAGACUGAUGCAUAUGAAGGCUGAACUGAAAUAUUGAAGUAUAAAGGUACUGGGAAUGAGAAAUAUACCUUAAAAUUGUUAUUUUAUUGUAAAUUAUUUACUUCUGUAAGUAAUAGAUUAUUAGUAUCUGGAAAAUUAUGAAAGAAUGAAUGUAUUAGUGGGGUUGAGGACUCAGUUCUCUUUGGUGCUGUUGUUGUGAAAUAUCUUGCAAUUUGUGAAAUGUGUGGUACAAAUUUGCGUAUAUUAUGUACAUGGCUACAGACAAAGACAAGGUGUUUUCAGUUUUCUUUCAUACGGUAUAUGUUGCUAUGAAUCAAGUUAUGAUAAAUGUCAUGACUGUUAUACCUCUCAUACACACUGACCUGACAUGUAUGUUUCUGAAAGUUUUUACACUGUUUUUGGUAAUGUGACCUGCUGAUGUUAUAACUGUCCACCCUGACUCCGACUCUCCGACUGGUUAAUAGUCACUUCUUACUAAUCCUGUUUUUGUGUCCCCCCCACCCCAUACACAAUGUCAUAGUGUCAUUUUGAUUUAAAAUCUAUCAGUCCAGUUAUCAUAGUCCAGACAACAUAAGAGACUUGAGUUAACCUAAAUGAGCUCCCAACAAUAAGCUUUAGAGGCAGCAGCCGGUGUUUCCUGAACUGAGGGCUUGCUUCUAUAGGGAAGGCUGUCCCAACUUUUUAACUGCUGGAGGUCAUUCCAGCCUGAUGAGGGACCUGCAGACAAAACUCAGGGCCUUGAAGUGUCAUGAUGCAGAGUAAAAAAGUUUUUUUUUUAAAAAGAUUUCAAAUUAAUAUUAUUUUAAAAACACACUAGAACUGAACAUCAACCAAAGGUAAAAAAAUGACAAUGUACUUUUUAGUAAAGAUGAAAACUAUCAGAUAUCUGUCCAUGAAACUAAAUGUGAUUUUUUUUAGUGCACUGAAAAUACAGCAUUCUACAUUGCUCUAUUUAUUUAAUUAUUUGGACAACCAUUGGUA